GUUUACAUUGUAAGAAGAAUGAAGUGAUGAACACGAUAGUAACAUAUCUAUGACACUAAUUACGGGAUUUCAAAUAUCCUAUCAUUCAGGUCUCUUUGACCCAUCACCAAUUACCUUACAACACCGUUUUUUCAACUACCAUUUUUUCCCUUCCGAUCCACCUUUCAACGCGUUUCACUCUUCUCUUCCUUCUCAAUAAAUAAUCACUUAUUCAUUUUUUCCUUUUUCUUCCUCCACUCUCCUUCACUAACAGUAACGACUCGCACGAGAUUCAUAAAAGCACUUUUCCCCUAAAUUCCAAUUUCUUAUUACAAUUCAAUUAUGCAAACGCGCGUUUUCUCUCUCUAGCUUAACGAUGUCUUCACUAACAACAACCUCCGAAACGCAAGAGCCUCAAGCGCCUCUCCUCCGUUCACGCCAUGAAGGAGGACGCUCUACAUCCCUCGCGCUUCUUCUCGGACGCGCUGCCGGACGGAGAGGACCGUCGGUUCUCGUGCGAGAGACGGCGGCGCGUGAACUCGAAGAGCGUCGUGCUGACUGGGGAUACUCGAAGCCGGUGGUAGCGUUAGAUAUAUCAUGGAACAUGGCGUUCGUUGUGGUUUCGGCGGUGAUGUUGUUUUGCACCGUUGACGAGAAUCCGAUCACGCCGAUCCGAGUUUGGAUCAUAGGUUACGCGCUGCAGUGUUUCGUUCAUGUUGUGCUAGUGUGGCUUGAGUACCACCGCCGUAGCAGGAGAGAUUUGAGACGGUGGCAGAGGGAGAACGACGGUGCGGCCAGUUCCGACGGAAGUGACAGUGAUGACGGCGACGGGAAUUCUUCUCAGUCCAGGUUCACCAAGCGAUGUGAAUCAAUAAACACUGGGGUUUCAUUCGUUUGGUGGAUGGUGGGCUUUUACUGGGUUGUCUCUGGUGGUGAUAUCCUUCUGGAAAAUGCUCCAAGCUUGUACUGGUUGGCUGUUAUCUUUCUGGCAUUUGAUGUCUUUUUUGCCAUCUUCUGUGUUGUUUUGGCAUGCUUGAUCGGCAUUGCUCUCUGUUGUUGUCUGCCCUGCAUCAUUGCUAUUCUCUAUGCUGUUGCAGGACAGGAGGGUGCAUCAGAAGCAGACCUUAGUAUACUUCCAAAAUACAGAUUUCGAUUAUUAAACAAUGAGGAGAAGGCUAGCGGUGGAGCUGGAUUGAUGGUUCCCACAGAAACAUCCAGUGGAUACUUGGCUAAUGAACGGAUACUUUUACCUGAGGAUGCAGAAUGCUGUAUAUGCCUCUGUCCAUACGAGGAUGGAGUGGAGCUUCACACUCUUCCCUGCAACCAUCAUUUCCAUUCUUCAUGCAUAAUAAAAUGGCUAAAGAUGAAUGCAACUUGUCCUCUUUGUAAGUACAAUAUCCUCAAGGGAAACGAACAGGUAUAAGUAUAACACUUUACUGAGUGUUUUCAACGCUGUUGUGUAUAUGUAGAUAUUCAAAACAAGGAACAACCACUUUCUCGGUUUUGAUAGUUGUUUUGCUUAUCUAUUUAUGUAGAGAAGAUUUAGGUUAUAUAUUCAUGAAUAAGUUAGUGAUGUUACUAAAUUGAGUAAUAUGUUGUUCUUUGUUAGAGUUAUUUGAAAGUUGUGCCAGAUUUAUGGAUUGUAUUGUUCUUUUAAAAUGCCAUAUAAAAAUUUGGAUUAAAUAUGUUUUCUGUUUCUAUUAAA